AUGUCUUCCCAAGCUGGUAUAUCUACCGCUCAAUCCGGCCAUGGAGCUGCCAGCCAGUCAGUUUCAAAAAAGGGAGAUUGGGACCUACCUCCCGUCAAAGAUAUCCUCUCGGAUCUAUCUGGAUUCUCUUCUUCUCUACCAGCACGAGGCUCUGAAGCCGUUGACUCGGAAGAACAACAAGGGAUGUUUCGUGCUUUGCGGGACAUCAUCGAAAAGGCCCAAGAGAGCGAUGAAGCUGGAAACAACUUCGAUCUCAAGGAGCUCCAUGCCUCCCUUGAAGAGUCAGAUGCUACCACAAGAAGAGGACGCCGAGAUGCAGAGACUUUACAGAGUGUGAUAGACACGCUGAACAAGCUGUGGACCUGUAACUCGGAGUACUUGGUUCAAGCUACUGAGAUCAUUGCGAAUGGGAGCAGAGAUCCAUUAUGGCGUGCUCCAUUUGGGCAGUCAGGUAUCUUGAAAUUCUUUUUGGAUGUGGUCUCCUUGAAAGAUGGGGUCGAUACCAGCUUGCUACUUCAUUCUUUACGAGUUAUCGGCAACUCCUGUGCCGAUACGGAUGAGAACAGAGAUAUUGUCGUCAAGGGAAACUACACCCUUGCUAUCAUCCGAUACUUCCUUGAUCCACAGUUGGUUUUCAUUGCCAUUCCGGUGAUUUACAACAUCUGCAUGGAUUAUGAACCCGCACAUACUCAGAUUGCUACUAAUCGGACUGCCUAUAUAUUGUUGAAGUUGAUCAAAGACGGAGAGGUCGAGGGUAACGAGGCUCUGCUCAACUUUUCCUACGACUUGAUUGAACUGGCCUCAGAACAAGCCGAGGGCAUUGAGAAAUCACCUGAUGGCACCAUCUUGCUGCUGAUGGAGCUUGCCCUCGAUGAGACUCUUGAAUUUUCGCACUUCUCAUCCUUGGUCACUUCUCUUACCACUUACUUAGAAAAAGAAAAGUUCCAGGCUGUUUGUGUAUCAAACGGCAUGGUAGAGGGCGUACUCGACGUCUUGCGUCGUUCGUUCUCAAUUGAGUUCGAUCAAUCCUCUGCCGAAGAUGUCAAGGCUAUCGCCCAGCUUCGGCUUAAGAUCAACCAAGCCUUGGCUGAGGUAUCUGCGUCCCCGUUGUUCGCUCAGCAUUAUCCCCUCGACUCCUCUAUUUCACAGUUGUUGAAGUCUUGGGUGGUUGCAGAUGAAGACCAGCUUCAGAUCUGUGCCUGUGUCAUACUUGGCAAUCUGGCUCGGUCUGACGAGGUCUGCCAGGUGAUGGUCCGAGAUCUGAAGAUUCAUGAAGAGUUGAUCUUCGUCUUGAAUGGCGAAUCUCGGGGUGCAGUAUUGCACUCUUCCCUUGGCUUCCUAAAGAAUCUGGCAAUCGCUGGUGAUAACAGAGUCAUUCUUGGAGAAGCUGGUAUCAUUCCUGCCGUUUCGCGGUUAUGGGCAUAUGAAUCUGUUCCGCAGGUUCAAUUCUCUGCCGCGAGCAUUGCGCGCCAAGUGAUCAUUUCUUCAAUUGAUAACAUCUCACACCUUCUUGCUCCUCUAUCACAAGACCCCGACUCUCCGGCUAAUCAGCGGACAUAUCUCUCUUUGCUAUUGUCUCUUUUCGAGAAGUCAGAUUCUACGCCAAUCAAGACCGAGAUUGGACGUACGGUUGCUUCGAUUUGCCGUACUCUUAGCCCCAAAGCUCGUGAUGGAGAUGAACAAGCAAACACUUUGCUCGAUAAGCUGUUUACUCUGCAUGAUGGUCUUGCCCUACCAUUGGGUGCUAUGAUCACACAGGCUCAAUGGCCUGUUGUCCGCAGUGAGGGCUGGUUUGCUCUUGCGUUGAUGGCGACGAAUAAGCUUGGGUGUGCCGCGGUUGUGGACUGCUUGCACAAGACUGAGGUCACCGAAUUGCUCAAGACGACGCUGGGCGCAAAGACUUCCCGUCAAGAUGGCACCGAGGAAGAAACCGACAAAUCUCAAGAGAGCAAGGACCGAGACAACGCAUAUAUUCUUGUGAAAGAGCUGCUGCAGAAUGAGGCCGGUGCACUCCCUGUCGGAUAUAGAGAUAUGCUACGGGAUUUGGUGAAAGCUCAUACUUUCCAGCUGGGAGCUACUGCGGACGCUUAG